AUGUCUGCUUGGUUUCUCUUUUUUCCAUUUGAAUUUCAAACAUUUCUUCUAAGACUCUCUUUCUUACUUUAUUUUCUUUCACUUUUAUUUUCUCCAUGCAUCUCUCAUUUUGUCAUAUUUCUUCUUUCUUUUCUUCCUCUUUGCUUUUUUUCUCUUCUCUCUUUAAUGUUUUUCAUAUUUUUUCUCUUUUUUUACUUUUUCUUUACUCCUCCUUUCUUCCUUACUUUCACUUUACUGUCUUCUUUGUUACUAUUUCAUUCUUCCUUCUUUUCUCUUUACAUCCUUGUCUUUAUUUCUUUUUUUCCUUUGUGUUUCUAUUUCCUACUUUCCUUUUUUUUCUCUUUUUCUUUCUUUUGUCUUUUGCUUUCCUUCCUUCUACUGUCUCUUUCUCAUUUUCUUUCUUUUGUCUUUUUCUCUCCUUCCCUUCUUAAUUUGUCUUUUUCCUUCCUUCCUUUUGCUCUCCUCCCUUCCUUCCUUUUGCUCUCCUCCCUUCCUUCCUUUUGUCUGUUGCUCUCCACCCUUCCUUUUGUCUGUUGCUCUCCUCCCUUCCUUCCUUUGUCUGUUGCUCUCCUCCCUUCCUUCCUUGGUCUGUUGCUCUCCUCCCUUCCUUCCUUGGUCUGUUGCACUCCUCCCUUCCUUCCUUGGUCUGUUGCACUCCUCCCUUCCUUCCUUUGUCUGUUGCACUCCUCCCUUCCUUCCUUUUGUCUGUUGCUCUCCUCCCCUUCCUUCCUUCCUUUGUCUGUUGCUCUCCUCCCUUCCUUCCUUUGUCUGUUGCUCUCCUCCCUUCCUUCCUUUGUCUGUUGCUCUCCUCCCUUCCUUCCUUUGUCUGUUGCUCUCCUCCCUUCCUUCCUUUGUCUGUUGCUCUCCUCCCUUCCUUCCUUUGUCUGUUGCUCUCCUCCCUUCCUUCCUUUGUCUGUUGCUCUCUUUCCUUCCUCUCAUUUUAUCUAUUGCUCUCCUUCCUUCCUUUUUAUCUGUUCUUUCCUUUCCUUUGUUUUUCUCUUUUAUUCCUUUUCCUUCUUUGCAUCAUUUCUUUCUCUCUAA